ACAGGUAACCAGGUGAAGAAGCUGGACAUCCUGGCGAGUGAUCUGAUCAUCAACAUGAUCAAGUCCUCUUUCACCUCCUGUCUGCUGACAUCUGAAGAGAAUGAAAAAGCCAUCGUGACAGAGCCACAACAGAGGGAGGAACAGAACUCAGCAUGUCGGACCAGUCGGCGUUUGACACGGACGUAUGGACCCUGACCCGGUUUGUCAUCGAGACCGGCCGCCAGGCUAAGGGGGCGACCGGUGAGCUGACCCAGCUCAUCAAUGCCAUGCUGACUGCCAUCAAAGCCAUCUCCUCUGCUGUGCGGAAGGCAGGCCUGGUCCACCUGCAGGGCUUGGCAGGCGCGGUGAACGUGACAGGAGACGAUGUGAAGAAGCUGGAUGUGCUGUCCAAUGACCUGGUCAUCAACAUGCUGCAGGCCUCCUACGGCACCUGCUGCAUGGUGUCCGAGGAGAACAAGGAGCUCAUCAUCACUCCCAAAGACAAGAGGGGGAAGUACGUGGUCUGUUUCGACCCUCUGGACGGCUCCAGUAACAUCGACUGCUUGGCUUCAAUCGGCACCAUAUUUGCCAUCUACAAACGGGAAUCAGAGGGGGAGCCCGUCGAGAAAGAUGCGCUGCAGCCAGGGAAGAAUAUUGUUUGUGCAGGCUACGCCCUGUAUGGCAGCGCCACCCUGGUGGCCCUCAGCACCGGCGCCGGCCUCAACUUCUUCAUGCUGGACCCAGCCGUCGGUGAGUUCAUCCUGAUUGAGAGGAACGUGAAGAUCAAGCAGAAGGGGAAGAUCUACAGUCUUAACGAGGGCUACGCCAAGUACUUCCACCCCUCCAUCAACGAGUACCUCAAGCACAAGAAGUACCCAGAGGAUGGCAGCUCCCCCUACGGAGCUCGUUAUGUGGGCUCCAUGGUGUCAGAUGUUCACCGCACCAUCGCCUACGGAGGGAUCUUCAUGUACCCCGCCAACGAGAAGAGCCCCAAAGGAAAGCUGAGGUUGCUCUACGAGUGCAACCCCAUCGCUUUCCUCAUCGAGCAGGCGGGAGGCCUCGCCACCACCGGCACUCAGAGGAUACUGGACGUUCAGCCUGAAGCGCUCCACCAGCGGGUUCCCUUCGUGGUCGGCUCCCCUGAUGACAUCAAUGAGUACCUGUCCUUUGUCAAGAAGUACCAGUAAAGCUGCAGCAGCUACAUCAGGAUUCUCCGGAUAUUUCUAUAUAUUUGUAGUUGUCUUUGAAUCUUUGUGUAAUAGUUGUGAAAUGAAGAGCUCAGAGGAUAAUUGUUUUGCAACUACUAUGAAUGUUUGAGUUGUCAACACUUAAAGAUUACUGAAAUUUUGGUAAGAUCUCAGGAAAAAUUAUACUACACAGAAAAAAAGAUGUUAUUUAUCACUGAUAGGCAAACAAAACCUCAAAAAUACAGUCAUGACAAGUCUGUCCUCCUCAGCUUCCUGUACAUUUCAGCUUGUCUUUGUUAGAGCUGAAUUAGACGCACAGCGUUUCAUUAAGGUCAACAUUUCAAAGUCAUUAAAAGAACAUUUUUCAAAAACAAA